AUGUCCUUGAGAAACGAGCAUUGCCAUGUUUCUGCCACGUCUUUGGCAAAAAUAAAUUUCAAUUUUCAAAAAACCUAUGGUGACGUUGAUGUAAUGUGAUAAUAAAAUUGCUAAUUUUAAAAGUAGAGAUUAGCGUAUCAUUAAACCAUGUAAAUAAAGUGAAAAUUAAAGAAGUAACGUGCAUGGUUAAUCCAACAUAAAACCUGGUAACAUUUAAAAAACAAAUUGUGUGUGAGUGAUGAUGAACUUGUGAACCGGCGUUCCCGUUGGCGUUUUUCGUGUGAUCUUAGUUUUUGUGUUCGUUCUUUGUUCAUUUUCAUGUAGCAAAUGAAAUAACAAAUUCGUCAUAGUGUGAGUUUUACCAGUAUUUUGUUUUCCGUAGUGUAGUUUUAUCAAAUACCGAACAAUGAUUAACGAGAUGAGCGUGGAGAUGGAGAAUGGCGGCGGCGACGCGUCCAAUGUGUCGCCGACCAAGCUGAUGGUGAACUACAUCCCGGAGCUGAUGACGCGCGACAUGAUGUACGCGCUGUUCUCCGCCAUGGGCAAGAUCGAGAGCUGCAAGCUGAUCGCCAACCGCGGCUACGGCUUCGUGGAGUACGAGAAGCACGAGGACGCCGAGAAGGCGCGCGCCGCCUUCAACGGGCUGCUCAUGCAGGGCAAGACGCUCAAGGUGUCCUUCGCGCUGCUCAACCCCGAGCACAAGGCCAGCCACAAGCCCGACACCGAGUCCAACCUGUACAUCAGCAACCUGCCUCCCGACAUGACGCUGGAGCGGCUCAACGCGCUGUUCGGCCAGUUCGGCAACAUCACCAACAGCCGCGUGUCGCAGGGCAUCGCCUUCGUGUGCUUCGAGGUGCGCAAGCAGGCCGAGGACGCCAUCAAGCACAUGAACGGCACCACGCCCAUCCCCAACGCGGGCCCCAUCGUGGUGAAGUUCGCCAACAAGCCCAGCGCCAACAAGAACGCGCCCCGGCCUGGCCCGCGCGCGCUGGGCGCCGCGCCGCUCGCCUACAACGGCGCGCCCGUGUUCAACGGCUCCUCGCCCACCGCCUUCAACGGCACCGGGCUCAUGAGCGCGCGCGCCGCCUUCCCGCCCGCCUUCCCGCAGGCGUCGCCGCCGCCGCUGCUGCCCUCGCCCGGCAAGGCGCUGCCCUUCAUCAACAAGGGGCAGCAGCGCUUCAACCCCAUGGCGGCCAGCAACCACUCCCCGCUGCCGCUGCUCGGCGCGCCCGCCAGCCCCGUGCCGCUGCUGGGCGCGCCGCCCGCGCCGCACCAGACCACCGUGUACGUCUACAACGUGGGUGAGGACACCGAGGAGCUCGCCCUCUGGCAGCUGUUCGGUCCCUACGGCGCCAUCGACUCCAUCAAAGUGAUCAAGGAUCCAGAGACUAAGAAGAACAAAGGUUUCGCUUUCGUAAACAUGCGAGAGUAUGACGAGGCUGCGAUGGCCAUCCAGGCGCUCAACGGCUACACGCUCAAUGGACAGGUUUUGUCGGUUAGCUUUAAGACACAGAAGAGAAACAAUUAGGAUGUGUACGGACGUUUUAGACGCCGUCUUUCUUGUGAUCGUUCCGAGGCCGAAAGCUUAAGAAAGAUUUUCAUUCCAAUCUCAAAAUAUUUUUGUAGUCGAGACGCGAGAUCCUCUAUAUGCAUUUCAGAUUAGUCACAUAAGUAUUUUUGUAAGAUUUAACAUAGUUUUUUAAUCGCGAGAGCGCGACAUGACUAUCUGUGAGUUUAGUUGGCUUGACAAUUAUCAUACUUAUAUAUGUGUACUUUUUUAUCAUAUGAUAUGGUAUUAUAUUAUUGGACUAUGAUGAAGUAUGGUAUUAUAUUAUUAGCUAUAUCUACACAGCGAGGCGGGGGCGAGGGUCUGUCCAUAGUUUCUGAGCCUCUGAGGCCUGGUCUGUCGCCCCCUCCUCUGCCCAGCAGGUAUUUUAUUUUGUGUAAAACAAACCAUUGUAUGUUUUUUACUCUUUAAUAAAUUUCAUGGUUCAAUA